GGGGAGCUGAGGGUGAUGGUCAUUGACAUGGUGCUGGCCACAGAUAUGUCCAAACACAUGAGCCUUCUGGCUGACCUCAAGACCAUGGUGGAAACUAAGAAAGUGACAAGCUCAGGGGUCCUGCUGUUGGACAAUUAUACGGACCGAAUCCAGGUCCUUCGGAACAUGGUGCACUGUGCUGACCUCAGCAACCCGACAAAGCCACUGGCACUGUAUAGGCAAUGGACUGACCGCAUCAUGGAAGAGUUCUUCCGCCAGGGAGACAAGGAGCGGGAGAGAGGCAUGGAGAUUAGCCCCAUGUGUGACAAACAUACGGCAUCUGUGGAGAAAUCACAGGUGGGCUUCAUCGACUACAUCGUGCAUCCACUAUGGGAGACGUGGGCAGACCUCGUUCACCCUGAUGCUCAGGAGAUUCUGGACAUGCUGGAGGAUAAUCGGGACUGGUACCACAGUGCUAUCCCACAGAGCCCCUCACCACCCCCUGAAGAGCCACCUGGCCAGGGCCAGGACAAGUUCCAAUUUGAAUUGAUCAGUGAGGAGGAUACAGCCUCCACAAAGACAGUCAGCCAACUGGAGGAAGAGGAGGAGCCAGCCCCCGAGGGGGGGCGGGUAGGUCUAGGCUACGGCCUCCAAAAGGGCAGCCUGCCCGCCCCACCCUCAACAAGGCCCCUAAGUGCGUCCGGAGCUUCAGUCAUUCAACCGAGCUGUCAAAGACCAGAUACAAUGGAGAAGGACGAAGUGCCCCCAAAGGAGUCUACACCCGACAAAGAGACACAGCAGCCACCCCUAGCAUCGCCCCAGGAGCUAGAGGACGACGAGGAAAUGAUCGAGGCCGGAGCCUCCCCGCAAGCCGAGAAAGAACCCCCCGAAGAGGUCCAAGACUUAGCCAGCCUAGGGGACCCAGGAUGUCCAUCCUGAGCAACAUCUCCCCAUCCCUGAUUCCUCCCCGGCCCUGGACUCCUCCACCUCCAUCCCCACCAACCACCUCAACCUUUUUCCGGAAGCAGCAGCAAAAACUUGCAGUUUCGAAAAAAAAGAAAAAAGAAAAAUAUUUCCCCCCCUCCUUUUUCUUUUUUUUCCCUACUGGGUUUUUUGGUGGUGGGGUUAGAG